AUGAGAUCGAGGAGAGACGCUUCUUUCUCUGUUGUUGUUUUUAGGUGUUCGCGGGUCGCUCACAAAAUUUUCCGCAUCCCCCACGAGGACGAGGACGAGGAGGAGCUCGCGCGGCCGCCGCCGAAGACCAAGUCUUGGCUGGGGUUCUUGAAGGGGGCCGUGCAGGGUGAUCGGGAUCCGAUUGAUGCUUUGGUCGCCAAGUACAACCAGGCCAGGGCCAUUCAGGACAAGCCAGUCCCGCUACAGUCCCGCUAUGCUCCAGAACUGGCCGAAGAUGCAAACUUGUUUCAAUUCAUUUCCCUGCAGGGACAAGAUUCGGACGAAGAGGAUAACGACGACUACGGCACAGAAGUUCGCCCUCCGAAGCCUUUUGUAGAUACGCCCACCUUCAACAUGUGCAGGGUCCUCAGUCUUCGGUUCGCUUUCGUGCAACAGAACGUCUCUUUCCUGCGUCUGCACAAUUUUUCAGGUUUGGGCGUUGUAAUCGCUUUGAACUCGGUGACGAUUGGCUUGGAAACAGACUCGGUGGCACACGCGGUGGCAACGCAGGAAGAACAUGACGAUCGCCUGUGGUACAUUGUCGAACUGAUAUUUUGUAUCAUCUUCCUCUGUGAGCUUUUGCUCCGGCUCUAUUUCCAUCGCCUCCGCUACUUCACCAAUCCGGUGACACGGGCCUGGAACGUCGCCGACUUUAUCAUCGUUUCGGUUUCGGUUGUCGACACUCUGAUUCUCAUUCCUUUCGGCAUCGGCGGCACAGCUCGUGUCGUGGCCAUGCUGCGCUUCGUCCGCAUGAUGCGCCUGGCACGGCUCCUGCGGCUUCUCAAGCUCUUCAAGGAGCUGUGGCUCAUGGUCUCAGGGCUCUUGCAGUCCUUGAAGACCUUGGGAUGGAUCUGUCUGGUAGCCCUCCUCUUCUGCUAUGCUUGUGCAAUCAUUACAACCACCGUUAUCGGGCACAACGAUGACCUCUACGAUCCCUACUUUGCAACUUCUGGUGGCUGGGAUCAUGAGGUCUACUUUGCAACUGUCUGGCGGUCUACUUUCACACUCUUCCAGAUCAUGACGUUGGACCAGUGGAACGAGUCAGUGGUGCGUCACGUUGUGGCCAAUCAGCCUGCAAUGCUGAUUUUCUUCUUGAUCUUCGUAUGCAUUUCCAGCUUGGGCCUCAUGAGUAUCAUGAUUGGUGUCGUUGUGGAGAACACACUGGCGACCGCGAACAAGGACCAGAACAAGCUGAAAGCCAAGCGAGAAAGGGAUCGAAAGCAAGUCUUCAGCCAGCUGCAGGAAAUCUUUGAAAUGGCCGAUGUGGACGGAAGUGGCACCUUGACAAUUGACGAAGUCGAGGCUGCCAUACAGAAGCCGGAGAUCUACAACAAAUUGAAGAUGAUCGACUUCCCAGUAGACGAUCCAGGGCAGAUCUUUGCCUUGCUGGACUAUGACGAGAGUGGAGAGUUGACCACAGAGGAGUUUAUCACCGGAUGCAUUCGCAUGAAAGGCCCUGCCAAAUCAAAGGACCUCUUGGUCGCCCAAGUUGGGGUCGACUCGAUGCGGAAGCAGUAUGCCCUUUUCGAGCAGGAGAUGGAGAAAUUCCAAGCCAAGGUGGCAAUGCUGGAUGCAACCAUUCGCGCAGUCAUGUCUCAUGGAGAACACGUGUUCUUGGACACAAGGCAGUACAGGAUGCGGCAUCCAGACUUUAAGGCCCAGACGAUGAAGAGGCUGGGGACCAGCGAGCUGGAGGACAUGCCCUGGAACAAGGACAAAGGUGUCGACGAGGAGAAUGAGAAGGCGCAGAAGGCUUUGACAGAUGGCCGCUCGCCGACCCAGGCGCUCAUGGACGGCACGCUGCGCGGCAACGCCGGCCUGGACCUGGCCCUGCCGAGCCCUCCAGUCGCUGACGGGCCAGGAUCCAAAGCUUUGGAGGAUCGGCGAGAUGAGCUGGCCAUCGCAGUACCAGGCUCAUUGUCCAAUUGA